CAACACAGAAUCAAGUGAAUUUGGCGGGCUAUUAGGCUUUUAAUGGUACUGUGUGAAAAUUAUUUGUAGAACAUUAGUUAUCUGAUAACAAUGAAUGCUAGUAUCAACCGUAAACGUUUGCGUUCGAACGAGAGUGAUGGGUGCUUUGUUCUGCAGCGGAAAACCUUCGUCAACCAGCAGAUGAUGGACCAGCAGGACCCAAACAAAAUGAAACGAAUCCUUGCGAAAACAAUCAACUUGCUGUUCCAGGGAGCAAAACAUCACGACAAAAAUUUGCUUGCCAAUCAGAAGGAGACUCUGAAAUCGGUUCGAUUGCUCGGUAACGGAGAAAUAGAUUACGAUAUGAAUGCCACGUCUUCCUGGUUGGGAAAGAAAGCUGAUCGAAAAUGUCGCCAGUGCGAUCGUAUGGCGAUUGUGCACGCGGAAUGUAUCAACUGCAACUUGGAAUUGUGCGAGUACUGUGGUGUGAAUUGCAAUUUUUGCCCGGAAAAAAUUUGUCUGAACUGUGUGAACAUAUUUCAAUGCGUAUCGCAUGAUAUGCCCUGCUGUGAGCAAUGCAAAAUGUUUGUAUGAUAGUUGGAUGCAGUGUACGAGGAUAUGUGAUAAAAAAAACCGUCGCUUUCGUUUACGAUUAGAUCAAUGUAGAGUUUAUUGUUGGUUUUAUAUUGUGUUUG